AUGGAAGUGUCUCAUUCUACUGGUGAAAAGCCUGCUCCUGCUGAGAUGACCAGCAAGGAUUACUACUUCGAUUCUUAUGCGCACUUUGGAAUUCACGAGGUUUUACUUUUUCAGAAAUUUAAAUAGGGUUUGUGAAGCAUAUUUUGAAAAUUCCAUUUUCGCCUUCUUCUUUAUAAAUAAUACGUUUGGAGAGAUAUCGCAAAUAAUUUGUUCUUUUAUUCAAAUUCACAGUUAGCUUUUUUUUUCAGUAUUUUUUGGGGUAAAUUUUUUUUUUAAUGGCCGGUCGUAUUACGGUAGUUUGGAUAGGUUUUUCAAUAAUAAAAAGAAAUCUUGUGUAUCUUUUGUGACGUAACUUACCUUGUAACUUCGAGAAAUAGGUCCUUAACAAAUUGCAAAAAAAAGAAAAAAAAUUUCCUGGCUCCAAAACUGACGGCCGCCGGCCGCCGUAGUACUGUCUCAAACAUGCGUGCGAAACGAGUCUCUUUGCAGGAAAUGUUGAAAGAUGAAGUUCGCACAGUAACGUACCGAAACUCCAUCUACCAUAACCGUCAUUUGUUCAAAGACAAAAUAGUGAUGGAUGUUGGAUCUGGAACGGGUAUUUUAUCGAUGUUUGCGGCCAAAGCCGGAGCAAAAAAAGUUUUCGCUGUGAGUUAUUCGAUCAAUUUUACUUAACAAAUUGAAGUAAUAUUUAUAGAUGGAGUUUUCCAACAUGGCUCUACAGUCCAGACAAAUCAUCAAAGACAAUAACUUGGAUCACAUUAUCAAAGUUAUCCAAGCGAAAGUUGAAGAUGUUACGGAGUUACCUGGUGGCGUUGAAAAGGUAUGCUUAUUGUGAAUUAGUAUUAUCUUAGUUCUAAUAUGAUAGAGUUGGUAAUGCAAUUCAGUUACAGUGAGUUUUAAGAGCGUUAUGUUUGAAUUAACAUUAGAUCUGAUCUCAGGCACUAGGAGUGCUUGCUGUGCGAGCGAGUACUUUCAAAGAAAUACUUUGGAGGCGCUAAGUAAUCUUCAUAUAGCUUUUACCUUUGAAGCCUCGUGACCGUGAUAUGAAUAAAUAUACAGCGAGUUUUUGAAAAUUUUUGUAGCCUGUUUUUAGCGGGUGAGAAAUCAAGCUUAUUGUAGGUCGACAUCAUUAUCUCAGAAUGGAUGGGUUACUGUCUCUUCUAUGAGUCAAUGCUGAACACCGUUUUAUUCGCCCGUGAUAAGUGGCUCGCUCCUAACGGCAUGCUCUUCCCUGACAAAGCCAAGCUGUUUUUGUGCGCUAUCGAAGAUCGGCAAUACAAAGAAGACAAAAUCCAUUGGUAAAAUUUUUAAUUUUAUUAAAGAAAAGUUUUCAUCAGGUGGGACAAUGUCUAUGGUUUCAACAUGUCGGCCAUCAGAAAGGUGGCUGUUACUGAACCACUCGUUGAUGUCGUAGAUAAUGCUCAAGUCGUCACUAACAAUUGCCUUCUCAAGGAGGUUCUUAAAAUAAUAAUUUCGCGCUAGCAAAUUAAUAGUAAAUUUUUUCAGGUCGAUCUUUACACUGUCAAGGUUGAAGACUUGACGUUCACAUCGAACUUCCAAUUGUCGUGUGCACGAAACGAUUACGUACAAGUAUUUUUUCAACCGACUUCAAAUUCAUAAAAGUUUUGUAACAGGCACUCGUAACCUUUUUCACUGUCGAGUUUUCGAAGUGUCAUAAAAGAACAGGAUUUUCGACCGGUCCUGACGUGCAGUAUACUCACUGGAAACAAACUGUCUUCUAUCUCAUGGUUUUUAAAUAAGAAUCUUCUUACAAUUAAAUUUGUUUUACAGGACGCAUUGACAGUUAAAAAGGGAGAACAGAUUCAGGGUGUUUUCGAUGUUGCUCCGAAUAAGAGAAAUCAGCGAGAUCUAGACUUUAACAUCAAGGUGAGCCAUUCAGAUGUGUUGAGAAUUAUGGCUAUUUUAAGGUUAAAUUUCAUGGAGAAGUUUGCGAUUUGGAAGAAGAAAACACAUACACAAUGCAUUGA